AGACAAAUAUUAUAUCACAUAAUGGUGGAGGUGCUGGAAACAACUGGGCUUAUGGUCAUGGAAGGAAAGGGCCACAAUUUGAAGAGAUGUUUAUGGAAGGUGUACGAAAGGAAGUUGAGAAGUGUGAUAGGUUGCUUGCUACAUUAAGCCUUCUCAGCUCUGCUGGUGGAACAGGUUCAGGAGUGGGGAGUUACCUCAUGGAAAGUUACCGAGAUGAAUUUCCAACAAAAGUCCUUCUAAAUGCUCUUGUUCUCCCAUACAGAUCAGGAGAAGUCGUCAUUCAGAAUUAUAAUACUGUACUUACAAUUGCAAAUUUGUAUGAUGUCUCUGAUAUGUUUGUAAUUUUUGAAAAUGAUAAUCUCCACAAAAUGAGCGAAAAUUUGCUGAAAAAUAAAAACACAGAUCUUCAUGAUUUAAAUGAUUUAAUUGCACUAAAGAUUGGAUCAUUAUUUCAACCCAUGGAAAGGUCAGAGCAAAGCAGAAUUCAUGAUAUUAUUUGCCAUUUGAUUGCACAUCCUGAAUACAAAGUGGUCACCAUUAAGUCAGCCCCACACUAUCCUAAGGAAUCAGGACCAAUUUCUGCCACAGCUGUACGACGAUAAGGAGAGACAUUGGACAUGGCGUACUGCCCCAUAUUCAGUGGUUUAUUAGGUUGAGAAUGAACUGAGAGAAAGGGUGAAGAUUAUGUUCUUGUUGGAUAUAAUGACAUCUAUCUUGGUAGCCUGAACAUGGAGGCAGUGGGUUCGUACAAAACUACAUGGUUUGAAUCCUGGAAUAAUUCACAAAACCCUGAUAUUCAGCACCAUAAGAGCCUCAAAUCUCCUAGUACCCUGCACACAGGUGUUGUUGUAGUGACUUGAAACAGCCAAACUUACCACCGUAAUAGUAUUACCUCAUCAGUAUUACAUGAUGUAAGCAGUUGGCGCUGCACUGUUAAAUACAGGAGGAGAAGAUGUUCAGUUACAGGAACAUGUUCUUUAAUAUCUGAGGUUUUCAAGGUUGACGAAGAUCCGCAUUGCAUGCUUACGAGGUGUUACAUGUGUAGUCUGGCAGGUGGAUGCCUGCAUUUCCGAGAACACUUCUUCGUCACCGAGAUGGAGGCAGGAUGGAAAUGACCUACCAAACUAGACGAUGUCAUGAACCAG